AUGUCUGUCUCGACGGAAGCCAGAGAGCUGGGUCUCUCCAUCCUGGGCCUGGGAACCCGAUACCCUCCUUACACUCUUGACUCCCGCGCGGUCGAGGAACUGAGCAAGCGCUACCAUCCGGAAACACCAGCCAUGCAAAAAGUCCUCGCCAUCAACCGCUUCACCGGCAUCGACAAGCGCUCCUCCAUAGGCCGACCGGACCACUGGCUCGUAAACCAACCCGAACCACCAACGAUCGCCCAACUCCACGAUGUCUUCAUGUCCGACGGUGUCCCCCUCGCCAUCUCGGCCUCGAAAGAAGCACUUGCCGAAGCGCACAUCAACGACGUAUCACAAAUCACCCACAUGGUCUCAGCAACCUGCACUGAUUCUGCCAACCCAGGAUACGACCACUACGUCGCCAAAGCCCUCGGUCUCUCUCCAUUCGUUGAGAAAACUCUGCUUCAUGGCGUUGGUUGCUCAGGUGGCUUGGCAGCGCUGAGAACAGCAGCCAAUCUCUGCCUAGGCCAUAGCACGAGGGGAUUGCCCGCGAGGAUAUUGGUUGUUACGUUGGAGAUCUCCACGACGUUAGUCCGCUCGGAGCUGGAAUCUAUACAUAGUAAUCAGGAGACGAGAAUUGGGGUUUGUUUGUUCAGCGACUGCGCCUCGGCGGUAGUCGUCUCAAACGACAUCCCCUUUUCACCAACCGAACCGCUACCGCCACCAGUCUAUAGCCUUCUCGACUGGAGGCACCAAACCGUCCCCGACACGGAACAAGACCUCGGCUUUGACACGCACCCCCAAGGCUGGAAAGUAGUUCUUUCCCCUCGCGUCCCGAACCUCACAGCGUCGGUCUUGGAACCGACGUAUAACUCGUUAAUGUCGGGAAAGAAGCUCCCGGAGGGGUAUGGCUCGCCAAAGGACUUUGACUGGGCGAUGCACCCAGGGGGAGCGACGAUUCUGACGGGGGCCGAGAAGGUGCUGGGGAUACAGCCGGAGCAUAUGAGGGCGAGCUAUGAUACGUAUGUCAAUCAUGGAAACUCGAGCUCGGCGACGAUUUUUAGCGUGCUGAAUCGGUUGAGGGGGAAGGAGAUGGAUGGGGUGGCUCCGGGGGGGAGGGGGGCGAGGGAGUUGGUUGUGGGUUGUGCUUUUGGGCCGGGGAUCACGGUGGAGAUGUGUCUGUUGAGGAGGAAUCUGAGCAGGACGGAAGGGGGGAGGAAGGGGAUGGAGACGCCGCCGGAGACGGAGGAGAGUAGUGAGGAUGGGGAGGGGGGGCGUGAGGUGAGCGAGGAGGAGAAGAAGGGGAGUGAGGUGAGCGAGGAGGAGAAGAAGGGGAGUGAGGUGAGUGAGGAGGAGAAGAAGGGGAGCGAGGAGGAGGCGUUUAUAGCUAAGGCGUUGGAGAGUGUAGAGCUGGACUGA